AUGAUUAUUAUGAACGAAAUCGACUUUGAAGAAUGUCUCAAAGAUUCUCCUGCUUAUCGAAAUCAACUUCGACAAGCAACAAAUCAUAUCGAUAUGUUAGAAGAUCGUUUAGAACAGAUGUCGAAAUCUUGUAAUUCUGUCAUUAAUAAUGGGAAAACAUUUGUACAAGAAUUUCAAAAAUUUCUUAAAUGCAUUUAUGAUGUUCGUGAAUUAUUUUCUCCCGAUGAUGUGACUUAUAGAAGUUUAGCAAAAUUUGGUGAAUAUUUAAGUGAAAUACAAGCACUUUUUUCCAGUUUAUUCGAACAAACAACAAAUAGUGUCCUAAGAACAUUAACACGAAUGUUAAAAGAAGAUAUUAAAAAAGUUAAAGAUCAAGGAAAAUUAUUUGAACGUUUAAGUUCUGAUUAUGAUAUUGCCUCACAAAAGAAUGCUGAUGCAUCAAAAACUAAACCUCAUGUGUGUGAAGAUGCAAGUAAAAUUUUAAUAGCAACACGUAGUUGUUUUGGUCAUACAUCAAUAGAUUAUACGUAUCAAAUUAAUGUCUUAUUUAAUCAACAUAAAAUUGAAUUAGUAGAACUGUUACUAUCGUAUAUUAAUAUUCAUAAAGCAUUUUUUCAUCAAGGACAUGAAUUAUUAUCAAUAGAUACUGAACGAGAUUUUAAUAUAAUUACAUCACAAUUAACAAAAAUGCGACAAGAUAAUGUUCAAAAACAAAAAAGUUUAGAAAAAAUUCAUGAUACAAAUCAAAGAAAAUCUCGAUCAUCAUCAACCGAACCAUCUCCAACUUCCCCAUCAACAGAUAACAUAAAACAUUCUUCAUUGUUUUCAUCAUAUCAAUUGUCUAUGAAAGGCAAAUCAUUAUUUCGUCAUCGUGAUCACCAUUCUCGCCAGUGUAAUCUUGAUGAUAAUAAAACUACCGAAAUAUCAAAUGAAAAUCAGUUAUCUGUGCCAAAAGAAGAUUUAUCUCGAAAUCCACCUCAACAAAGUUUAUCCAAUACUCCUAAUACAUCAAUAGCAGGUGUUGAACCAACUAAAGAAGGUUAUCUAUUCAAACGUUCGCAUAAUAAAUUCAAAACAUGGAGCAGACGUUGGUUUUUAAUUCGAAACGGUCAACUACUUUAUAUGAAACGUAAUAAUGGAAAUUCAACAAAUGAUAAUUCCCAACAACAAUCAGUAAUGGUACCUGAUUUACGUUUAUGUACGAUUCGUUCAAUUAAUGAUAUUGAUCGUCGAUUUGUUUUUGAAAUACUUUCACCAAAUAGUUCCCAUUUACUUCAAGCUGAUUCUCAAGUUCAAUGUGAUCAAUGGAUUAAUUCCUUGCAAUUAGCAAUAAAAAAUUCAUUUAAAUCAUCAAAUGAUAAUGUUCAAAAUUCAGCUUCAUCUUCACCAAAACCAAAAUCAAAAGAUGAUUCUUCAUCAAACACAGCUUUAACAGAAAAAAUUGAAUUCAAACAAAAAAUGAUUAAAGAUAAAAUUGAAUAUGUACGUUCUCUUCCGGGUAAUGAAAAAUGUUGUGAUUGUAAUGCUGAUGGACCAGAAUGGGCAUCGAUUAAUUUGGGAAUUUUACUUUGUUUAAAUUGUGGUGGUGCUCAUCGAGGUCUCGGUGUCAAUCUUUCAAAAGUUCGUUCACUUCAUAUGGAUACAUGGGAUUUAGAAACAUUACUUGUUAUGUCUGAAUUGGGUAAUUCACUUGUUAAUGAAAUUUAUGAAGCACGUAUAUCAGAUGGAAUGCAAAAACCUAAUGCUGAAACUGAUGCUGUUACACGUCGAGCAUUUAUUGAAGCAAAAUAUGUUCAAAAAGCCUUUUUACGUCCAUUACCAGCAGCUAGUGAAAUGCGUUCGUUUACUCGUUCUCUGAAACAAUUGCCUAUCAUGAAAAGUUCAAUAUCUAAUAAUAAUGAUAAUGAUAAAUCAAAACCACUUCAUCGUCUAUUCUUACCAAAAAAAACAACAGCAUCAUCUGAUCAUGAUACAGUUAAUCAAGAUAAUCAACCAUCAAUAUGGAAUAUGAAUAUAUAUUUAUAUGAAGGAGGUCGUCAACAUAAUGUUAUAAUAAUGCUUCAUGCCUUAGCAUUGGGUGCAGAUAAGAAUUUUAUGAAUGAAAAUGAUCAUGGACGAACACCAUUAAUACAAACAAUAUUAAGUAGAUCAGUUGGAGCUGCUGAAUUUCUUUUAACAAAUAAUGCAAAAGUUAAUUUAGCUGAUCAAGAUGGAAAAACACCACUCCAUUAUGCAACACAAUUAGCAACUAAAGGCCGAGGACCAAUUAUUCUUUUAAUUAAACGUGGUGCUGAUCCGUUAUUAAAGGAUAAAGAUGGUAUUGAUGCAUGUUCACUAUCAAUGAAUAUAGGUGAUCCAGAUGUUAUAACAUGGUAUCGUUUAGUUGCCUUACAUGAACAAAUGAAAGAAGAAGAUGCUGAUGCUGAAAAAGCUUAUAUAUCAAUACUUGAUGAUUCUGUUUAUAUGAAAGAAAUAGCGAGGACACCUUCAUUUUCAUAA